GCUGAGUCCGAUGCCGCUGGUGGGGCUUGGGCAGCCGCGCAGGGAUGGAGCUGGAGCUGUGGGGCGGCCGGAGCCGGUAAUUUAAGUGAUUUUCUAGCAUGGACACUGUUGCUAGCCAUAGUUGUCAUCUUCUCCAGCAGCUACAUGAACAGCGCAUUCAGGGGCUUCUCUGUGACUGCAUGCUGGUGGUAAAAGGUGUCUGCUUCAAAGCACACAAAAAUGUAUUAGCUGCUUUCAGUCAAUAUUUCAGGACCCUUUUCCAGAAUUCUUCGGGCCAGAAGAAUGAUGUCUUUCACUUGGACAUUAAAAAUGUAGGUGGGAUAGGCCAGAUCUUGGACUUCAUGUACACUUCUCACCUGGAUCUCAGCCAGGACAAUGUACAAGCUAUGUUGGAUAUCGCGCAGUGUCUCCAAGUGCAAAAUGUGCUGAACAUUUGCCACACCUUUUUAAAAUCUUCUACAGCUGUAGAGCAAACAGCCAGCAUGCCUUGUAACAGCGUGUUUUCGCUGCAGAGUGCUUUGCCUGCGGAUGCCAGCUGCACCAACGACAGUUACGGGACAAACCUCUUGCACGAGUGUUCAUCUGACACACAAGCCAAUAAAGUCUUGCCUGACCACCAUUCGCACGCCUCGCAGCCCGUUAAUCUUCACGCACCCUCGGGUGAUGUGCAGAAACAACCACAAGACUCCUUGGAUGGCAACUGCCCAGAGCUUCCUUUUAAGCAACCAAAUUACUAUUAUAAACUACGCAACUUUUACAGUAAACAGUUCUAUAAGCAAAACGCUUGCUCUAAUCAUGAGAGAGUGGCGGAACAAUCCUUCUCUUACAACACGUCUACAGAAAUAAACGCAGUAGAGAAUAAUUCUUGUACCGUCAAUCACUCGGAGUGUAUUCUGGAAACCUCUGAUCAUUUACCAUCAAACUUUCUGGUUCAGUCUGUGAAUGAAGCUGCCCCGGACCAAGAUGCCGAAAGUGCGCUUAUGCAGCCCACCAAACAGAUGCGACUGAAAAAGGCAAUACACCUCAAAAAGUUAAAUUUUCUAAGAUCUCAGAAAUCUGCAGAGCAGCCGCCUGAGCCUAAAAGAGAUGACAGUAGAGUAACAGGAGUAACUGAAUCUGUAAGUGAAAGUACCAUGGACAUGACAAAUGUUAGAGAUACUGAAGAAAAAGAAACUGAAGAUUUAGUGAAUUCUGAGAAUUUUGAACAAGCUGUUGAAAUUGAAAGAUCUCAAGGUCCUUUGGAGCAAGAAGGGCAAUCACAGACUCUUCAGUCGCAGAGGCAAUAUACUUGUGAGUUAUGUGGGAAGGCUUUCAAACAUCCAAGCAAUUUGGAGCUCCACAAAAGGUCUCAUACAGGUGAGAAACCUUUUGAAUGUAACAUUUGUGGGAAACACUUCUCACAGGCAGGUAAUCUCCAAACACAUUUACGUCGACAUUCUGGUGAAAAGCCAUACAUCUGUGAAAUCUGUGGGAAAAGAUUUGCUGCUUCUGGUGAUGUUCAGCGUCAUAUUAUUAUCCAUUCUGGAGAAAAGCCUCACCUGUGUGAUAUCUGUGGCAGAGGGUUCAGUAACUUUAGUAAUUUAAAGGAGCACAAAAAGACCCAUACAGCUGAUAAAGUAUUCACCUGUGAUGAAUGUGGGAAGUCAUUCAACAUGCAACGAAAAUUAGUAAAGCACAGAAUUAGGCAUACCGGAGAGAGACCAUACAGCUGUUCAGCAUGUGGGAAAUGUUUUGCAGGCUCUGGUGACCUGCGUAGACAUGUGAGGACUCACACAGGAGAAAAGCCUUAUACCUGUGAAACUUGUAACAAAUGCUUCACUCGCUCUGCUGUCCUGCGGCGGCACAAGAAAAUGCACUGUAAAGCCCCCGAGGAAGGUCCAAACACACUAGAUGAGUUUACUCAAGGGAUUGAAACUUCUGACCUUGAGAAAUCUCAGAGUUCUGACUCCUUUGGCCAAGAAAUGUCUGUUACGUUGUUACCAGUGUCUGUUAAAUUUCCCAUUCGUCCAACUGCAAAUUCAACUGAAUUUGAUGGUUCUGCGGAUUCUUACUGUAAGUUGCGAUCAAUGAUUCAACACCAGGACUCAGCGAACCCACAGAAACUGAACGUGGAUUCUGCUAAACUCCCGAAAGCUCCGACACAGCAAACUCCUCCACCACCACCAUAUGCUUAUGCAGAUGCAGAUGUAUCUUCUGCAGAAGAACCCUUACAGUCGGACAAUAUUCCCAUGAUUCGUUCCUCUCUGGUGAGCUUGGACAGUCAGUGCAAUGACCCACUGGGCAGUCGAACAUCAUCUGCUGCGUACAAGAAUAAUGAAGGACCAUUCUUCUCCAGCAUGACCCUCUGGGGUUUGGCUAUGAAGACCUUGCAGAAUGAAAGCGAAUUGGAACAAUGAGGGCUCAGGUGACUGUAUCAAAACUUCUUCGAGGCAUUUCAUGCUAAAGUGAUUGCGAUCACACUGCAGUGUAGAGAUCAGAGCUAGUUUUUAAGCCAUCUAGCUUGGAUACCGGUAGAAAUCAAGAUACGCGUGCCCAGAACCCGGCGUAGGCUGCCUUUAUACUGCUCCUUAGCAAAGUUCAAAUCUAGUUUCGAGGACCUUUGUUGUUCUGUGACUGCGCUGUGUUGCUCAUGUGUUGCCAGGAUUUACUAAAAUUUACCAUUUACUAAAUUUGCCAUUUAACUUGGUACUUUUUACCUGACAAGGGUAGGAUGGCCCAAUGUCUAAUUUCAUGAUAUGGGUACAAUUCAAGUAUGGGUCAUCAGAGUUGUAUAAGGGUGUAGAUAUGAAAAGAGGAAAACAUUUAACAAAACCCUAGUGAACCUGAGUUUCAGUAGUGGCUUUCUUACCAGUAGGAUCAUUGGUUUACAUGACUUGAGUAUUGUGAUAUUAAAUUUCAAUGUUAAAUACUGGACAAUAUUUGUGAUAGUGCAAAGUAACUGUAUAUCUAGAAACUUUAUUUUUUUACAAUAAAAGCUUUUUUUAGUAUUUUAUAAACUAUUUUGCACAGCAGAUUAUUUGUACAAUGAAGACCAAGGUCAGGAAAUGCGAAUAAAGGGAAGUUGUUUUACGUUGUAUCAUAAUUGCUCAAUGUGUUUCAUCUCUUAAUGAAAGAUUUUCAAUAACAUCCAUCUGUCCCAGGUAUCUUUACAAUGCUAAUGGGGUUACCACUGCAAGAAGAGCUGCACUAUAAAAUAAGUGCAAUCAAUACACAAGUAGAUUGUCUUGCAUUUCAGUGAAUUAGUGUAAAAUAUUGGCUAAUUAAUGGAAUGAAUAGACUUUUACAGGACAGAAACUUUGCUUAGAGGCCUUUUUCUGCUUUGGUGCUUUGAAUGGUUAUAUUCAUUUUCAGUAUAGAUCUGUUGCUGCAUUUCAAACUGCUUGCUAAGGUCACGAGUUUUACUGGCCUAACUUUUUCCAACUCAUCAAAAAACUUUAGUAGUGUGUUGUCAAGCUUUAUGCUAAAACAUUCCUUAGAUACUGUAGUUUUUGAAAUGAAAAUAUACUAACCUUUUUUCUGAAGUUCAUUCGCAGGCUGGAAAGUCUGAUUGAAGUACCACAGAGUUGAUUGACAUACCACUUAUUUCCUGUAAGGAGGCUCAAUGUUCACCACUAGCAAGACAGCUAAAGUGACGGCAGACACUCAUCACAUCAGCUGAGUAAUGACUGCAGCCUGUGAAACAGGUCUGAGGGGCGCAGGAGUUCUGACAGCUUCAGCAGAUGCAACAGCUUCGUUUCAGUUCAAAAGUCGUUAAAAUAAUUCCUAAAUGCUGAAACUCAGAAGAAAAGAUGAGGCCAAAGGCCCCCCCUUCACUGGGGCCUUAGGUACCCAAGGAUCUUCGCUAGGUGCCUGGAAGGCCUUUGGAAUCAUCCAGUAACAACUCAGAUAGGAAGAAAAGUGUAUUUUGUUCUUCUCCCACUGGCUAUUUAGGUUAAGCAGUUUAUUUUCUCCGGUAAAUCUCGUUGGCCAAAUGUCUCUCUGCUGCACCAUCAGGAGCAGGUCGGCUUCAGCGUAACUGGCGGUGUCUCCACCGGGUGGCAGUGAAAGCCCGAGUUACCGAGGGGAUGGGCCCAGCGGUCGAGCUGCUCCUCUGCGGCUCUUGAGGAGUCUGCUGUUCAGCCUGGAGAACCUUCUCACUGCACCUCCCAGAUUUGAAAUGCUCAAAUGAAGAGUGGAUCUUGGCUAGCUGGCUCCCUUCCCUUUGCCUUCUUGAAGCCUUUCAGUUUCCCUGCUGAAGAUUGAGAUGCCAAAAGCAGCAAGUAAUUCUGGGGUGAUUUCAGUCAGUGGAUAUUGAAGUGAAAGUGAAAUCUUCUUACAAUUCUAUCACAAGUACAAAUUGAAUGAAAAAGCACAGACACAAAGAUACAGAGGUUUGAAUUUCUGUGUACAUUAGGAAAUGCCAGAUUGCUCUUUAUUUCAUCUGGAGAAGUUCUGCUUGCAAACUGAAACACAGCAAGAUCAUGUGCAAAAACUUAAAUGACAGGUUUUGAAAAACUGCCCCAUUAACCUGAUGAGUAUCUAAUUACAGUAAGAUG